CCUCAUCCGGCGACUCCAGGGACAGUGCGAAGAGCCUUCAGUUGGCACAUCCGGGCCUUUCGCAACAGACGCACGUGCAGUUGACAGUUCGUUUACCUUCCCGACGUGUGCUGUUGUGCAGCUGGUUUACUUCGAAGCAAGUCAUUCGGUCAGGCAUGGUUGUGGCGGACGCCCUGCUCACUUUUCUCUGCGCGUCAACCGUCUGGGCCGCCAUUCCCAAAGGCUACAUUUUGAAAGCAAAGCCAGCCUGUGGCCCUGACGGUGUUUCUGAUGCAACAAUAACCGUGACCUCGGACUUGGAGGUGAAGGCCAAGGCGAAGUGCGCCGGCGGACUGGUGGACUUCCAAUACCUUGACUUUGCCAAUCUUCAGCUUUCUGUGUCAUACCCAGGUCGAGGAUCAUCAAAAUGUGUCUUUAAGCAACGUCCUGGUGCCAAAGUGUAUUCGGUCGACGUCGUGAUGUCGUACGGGGAGCCGAACAACGUUGUACACCAAAGCACUGAAGAAGUCACUUUCACCUGCACGUUUGACUCCAAAGGCAAAAGCAAAAGCCCUUCCCAGAAAGUGGCAGAAAGCCUGAUUGCACCUACAGUUCUGCAACAGAACAAGGGUGUAGAAGCGACGAAGUCAACAUUUGCUAUCUUCUUGACCGAUCUUGUUGGCAGGCCAGUCAGAGACCCAGUCAGCCUUGGUCGGGUUGUACAGUUGUAUGCAACAAGCAACGGUGGUAUGAAUGAACCGGGUUUCCAUCCAACGUCUUGUGAUGUUCUCGGCUCCAAACCUGGUACACGAUACUCUAUUCUCCGAGGAGGGUGCGGAGACGGAAUUGUAUUUCCGAAGAACACAGGUUUUUAUACAUUCGGCCUAGAAGCGAUAAGUCCGUAUUUUAAAGCGUUGAGUAUAGCUGGCAGCACAAACGUCAAAUUCGAGUGCAACUUCACCGUGUGUACUCAGCCGUGUGAUGGGAGUUCCUGUGAUUCAACCCGAAGACGCAGAGAUGCACAAGAAGAUGUAGCGACUGGUGCUGGACAAAUUGGCAUGAUGGAGACGAAACUGUAUCAAGUUGACACACGGCGUAAACGUACAUUAUCAGGUCGAAGCCGCCCUCGGAAAUCACGAAGACUUUCAAAACUGUGGGUGUAGCCAGAAAUAAAAACUUUUUGAAACACA